UUCAAUCUAUUUAAUUAACAAAGUAAGUUUUUAACACUUUAAAAUUGUUAAGUUUUUAUAAGAAGUAAUCAUUAUUAAAAAAUUUCAAUAUGAACUUUUAUACAUUUAUUUUUAUAUUUGUACACUGUUUGAUGGUUGCGUUAGCAACUAAUUCUUCUGAAGAGAAUUCGAGUGAAUCGGAUACUCCAAUUACGGAUAAUACUGAAGUGUACCUUGGAAGUUUAUUCGGUCUAUUUGUUGAUGAUACCAACAAUAUUAAUGCUGAGAAAUUAUUGGAAAUCAAUGAAACUAAUUGUCAAAAUGACCAAGAAAUAAUUGACAUCAUAAAACGUGAACAAAAGGAUGAUAUGGUCGAUUAUACAAAUAUAGUAAAAGAAAAAUGUGCAACCUUAAGAACUGUAGAGAAAAAAUUAAAUGAUUAUAGUAAAGAACAUGAUAACAACAAAUAUAUAGACAAAGCAGAAGCAGUUGAACUAAUAAAUACUUAUGGAAGAAAACAAAUCUUAUGUCGACAAAUAGAAAACAUGAUGGUCAAGGAGAAAAUAGAUGAUCCUAUUACAAAUAAGAGUGAAAACCUGGCUCGUAUGAUGAUGGCAAUAAAAUUAGAAAAUGAAUCUGCAAUUGGAAUUCCAACAACUUGUAACAAUAAUAUUAUUAGUAAAGAAAAAGCAAUCGAAUUAAUAAAUAGCAAUGAAUGUCAAAUUAACUUUGAAAAACUGAAAUAUUUGUUACUUACAUACAAUGAUGAAGAUGAAUAUGAUUAUUAUUGUGAUUAUGAUGAAUAUGAAUAUGAAGAUGAAUAUGAAGAUGACGAUGACGAUGACGAUGAGGAUGAUGAAAAUGAUUUUAUUUUUAAAGAAUUUGAAGAUUUUGAUUUUAAACUUAAUUAUGGUGAUUGUGAUGAUAAAUUAAAUAAAGAUGAUUGUAAAACUAUAAAAGACAAAAUUGAACAGGAGGAUAAUACAACCGCAUAAAUUACACGAUUUAUAAUUAUUUUAAUUCAAUUGUUUAAAACAAUUAAUUUUUGUUAACUGUUUCACUUGAAAUAAAUUACGUGUAUAUUAGA